AUGUCCUCCGCGCCGAUUCCCAACCCAGACCUUGCGGAAGAAAUCGAUGCUAUCAGCGCAAUCUACGAUCCUUCUACCCUCGUGAUAUGCCCAGAUUCCACCUCAAACUCGCCGGUGCUCGAAGAAGCCACUACGACAACAGUGACCCUCCGCGUCCCCGAACACACUCAAAUAGCAUUCCUUCUCCGCUUCGACGACAAGUAUCCCGAGACCGCGCCGCAAGUUACUGGGACAGCAUCGACGGGAUCGCGCGGCGAGGGGAAGAAAUGGGUGGAUAUGCUGUCUGACGCGGUGGCGCGGGUGUGGACGCCCGGGUCGGUGUGUUUGUAUGAUCUGAUUGUGGAAGCGGGGGAGAUGUUUGACGAAGCAAAAGCUGCGGAACAAGAAGCGGAGAAAGAUGAGGGGGCCUCUGAUUACACUGAGCAGCUAGCGAAUCUGGAUAUAAACGCAUCGAGCAGUCAGGCUAUUCUCUCAUCAAUGGGUCUUGAUGAACCGCCAUCAUGGAUCAUGUCGGAUCCGUUUUCGGAGAAGAGAUCUGUCUUUAUAGCUCGAGCAGCGCACGUUCAGUCCAAGGAGCAAGCUGAGAAGUACCUGGAUUACCUACUCGCGACAGAGAAGAAAGUCGCGGCUGCCACGCAUAACAUUACGGCGUGGCGCAUCCGGCAGAAGAAGGCCGACGGAUCUACCGCUGUUAUGGAGGUCAUCCCUUUCUAUGAAAAAGCGACUCAACCCGGUGUUAUUGUCAUCUGGAAAAAACGACCAAUUGGUACGAUUUCUGAGCAACCUCAAACAAAAACACCGCUGGGAUCCAUACGUACCCAUGCGAUCGUCCGUCUAGGGGGUGCAUCAGCUCCCAACCCUGUUGAUAAGUUGAGUGGAGGAGAGGGAUUUGUAUCGAUUUGGAAGCAAAUGAUGGAAAGCAACGUUUCCGACCAGUCACUCAUUGAUGCGUGUUCAUCAGGCACACUCCACCGUUUCCGGCUGUUUCAGCCCCCGUCGACUGGAAAGUUCUAUGCGCAACAAUGCAAACCUCUGGGAGGAGAGUUCCUAUUGUGUCCAGGAACAAAGGCAGUAUCAGAAUAG